UCCUGUAACAAGGCAUACCAGAAUCUUCAAAAUCAAUUAAUCAAAUAAAAAUUAUAUAAAAGUUUACAAGAUAUGCAGCAAAAUCAGGAGAGUGGAGCAAGAUUUGAGCGACAUCUAUUGCGAAAAACACUUUACAUUUUCGUUAUCCUAUAAUUUCUCAGUAUUUAAUUAAUACUUUACAUUUUCUUUUCUAUACAUUUUCGUUAUCCUAUCAUUUCUCAGUAUUUUAUUAUUAUUUAUUUACUUACUGUUAUGUUAUAUUUUAAAUUUUAUAAAAUUUGUGUGAUUUUAAUGAGAUUUUUGGGGAACUCCUUUAUUUAUUGGUUCAUUAAGAUUUUUAGGAGAUCUGUUUUUUCUCUUUCAAAAUCUAAUUACUUUUUUUUUUUUUUUUCUGUUAGGUCAUUUUACAUUUCAGGGUUUCUUCGAAAUGUUCUCAUGAUUAAUCCUCAUAAAAAAAAUGUAUAAAAUUUGUUUCAUGAGUGCCACCGUGUAGAGUGAAAAUCUUAGUUUAGUUUAGAGUAGAUUGAUAAAGUUUUAGAAAUUUAGUUAUUGUAUGUAUAGAAACAUGUAAGUAUUAUAGGUUUCAUGAUCGAAAGAGGGUACGGAGAAGAAGAAAGGCUAGAAUUAAGGAUGAUUCAAGAAGAUCAAAAUCAAAUGUGUAGCACCGUUUGUGGUGAUGAUGGGAGUGUUAAUAGAUCUUCAUCAUCAAAAAAGUUGAAGCAAAAGAAAGUGCCACAAAGAGGGUUAGGAGUGGCUCAACUUGAGAAGAUUAGGAUGGAAGAACAACAAAAGAAAGAUAUCAACAACAAUUUUUCAUCUCCAUCUACGGAUUCGCCUUCUCGAAAUGGUAUUCCAUUGUCAUUGCCAUUGCCUAAUUUACCAAUUCCUAAUAACCAAAGGCCACUAAAAUCUUGUCGUCCUCCAUCUCCUCCUCCAAUGCCGAUUAAUUUGUCAUCUCAAAAUCCGAUUUUUAGGACUCGUUCGUUACCAAAUACCGAGAAUUUUCACUUAGGAUCGAUCCCUUGUUUGAGUCCUGACAGCAAUUGGCCUCCAAUGUGGCAUACAAAUCUUAAUGAGUUUACUCAUGAUCGGAAUACACAACAACAUUCGAGUUCAUUGGUGAAUAUUUUGUCAUCAUCAACUGUACUGAAUUUUCCAAUGGAGCCCCCUUCAAACCAAAGCUUUUACUCACCAUUGUGGCCAGAUGAGGAUAAGAUGAUGGUUGGUACAAAGAGGACAUGUCCCUUCCCUUUAGACAACCCUCCGAUACCCACAUUUCACAGCAAAUUCGCUCAUCGUUCACUUAGCCGGUCAGAUGAAUCGUCAUCCAAUGGAAACGGAGGGACACCUUACAACUUAGACACCAGUAUCCCGAUUUUCAGAGACAUCCCCUCAAACCCAAGUGCAAUGCCGACUACUGAGCAAGCAAAUAACUCGAGAAAGAUCAGUAGAUCAGAAAAUGGCAACUCUCAUACAGAACAAGUUGUUAGUUUGGCCUCACCAACAACAUCUUUUCCUAAUGCAAGAUUUAAGCAAAUUUGCAAAGUAAGUAUUGAAGACCAACUUAUUGACUCAAGACAAGGAGGUGGUACGAGCCAGCAGCUGCAGCCUAACCUGUUAAGCUUCUUCCCAGCCACAAAGCUGCAAGCAACGGCAUCGGCAUCGGCAUCGGCAUCGGCGCCACCGGGAGUUAACCAUAGUAGUUGUAACAGUGAUGUAGCAGGAGGAAGUAUUGAUCUAAACUUAAAGUUGUAACGCUUCUUCAUUUUUCCUCUACUCUUUCUUUCCUAUUAGCAACAAGGACAUGCAUGUUUUCUUUCCAUGACUUGUGACGAGGAAGGUGUGGUUUUUUUUAAAGACCUUCCAAGAUAACGUGCUCAAUCUCAUUUUUUAUUUUUAUUUUUUUUUGGCGAAUGAGCAAUAUAAUUCUAAUAUAGUGUUUACAUUAA